AUGGCUUCUCUCUAUAUCUCUCUGUCAAAACCACAACUCCUAAAAUACUACUUCCAUAGAAUCUCUAAACCCCUCCAUCGUUUCUAUUCAUCUGCUGCAGAUAAACCCCCAUAUGAAGAAACCCCAAACCCGAAAACGUACAUUGCAACCUCUGGAUCACAAGCCGGGGCAAUCGAAAAUGGAAAAUUACGAAUCCCAGGUGAGCACAAUCCCAACCUAGACAAGGUUAGGGAUGCAAUUUGCAUAAUGAUGGAAGAUGACGAAUGGUCGACCCGUUUACAGUCCUCGUGGGUGAAGGGAUCUGGGUUUAAGCACGACAGAGAAACACAUUACAAAAUGAUUGAAAUUUUGUGUAUAGAUCGAAGGCUUGAGGACGCUAAGCGGAUUCUGCUGGGCAUGUCUAAAAAGGGCAUUGAUUAUGAUGAAGAUCUGUUUGUUCUUCUAAUUAAUGGUUACUCAAAAGUUAAUCGAAAAUGGGACAUCGUAAAGAAUUGUGUGAAAAUAUUCUCGAAAAUGGAAGAAUUGGGUGUGCCCAGGACGAUCAAGUCGUAUAAUUCUAUGUUAGAGGUGAUCAUAAGUGAAAAGAAGUACACCAUGGCUGAGAAGUUUUUCGAUAAAAUGUUGUCUGAAGGUGUAGUUCCAUCUAAACACACUUACACACUCAUGAUUUCGGGUUUCUGUCGUUCAUCAAGAAUGGAGACUGCAAAUCGUUUCUUCGAAGAUAUGAAAAGUCAAAAUCAUUUGCCUGAUAUUGCUGUUUAUAACACGAUGAUUAAUGGAUAUAUUCAGGCGAAGAAAAUGGAAGAGGUAGAGAAGCUCUUAAUGGAGAUGAAGGAACGAGAGAUGGAGCCCACAUUGGUUACUUAUAAUUCAGUGAUCAACGGGUAUGCUAAAGUUAGGAAAAUGGAGGAUUCAGAGAAGCUUUUGGAGGAGAUGAAGGCACGAAAUGUUGAACCUAACUUGAUUACUUAUAACACGAUGAUUAAUGGGUACACUGUGGUUGGAAAAAUGGAGGAUAUACAGAAGCUUGUUGUAGAGAUGACUGGAAGAAACAUCGAGCCGGAUUUGGUUACCUAUGUCACCAUGAUUAAAGGGUAUGUUACAGUUAACAGAAUAGACGAUGGGUUGAAUUUGGUUAAAGAGAUGAAACGGAAAAAUUUUGGUAAAAACGUCGAUGUUUAUUCGUGUUUAUCUCGAUUGAAAGAUGAUUGUGAAGCUGAAAAAAUGUCUGAAACUCAGAGGAAUGUAUUACAGGAGGUUGAAGAUCAUGUCCAGAAUCUAGAACUGUUUGCAUUGCGUGAUGAUGCUCGUGAAUUGAGUCAAUUGGCAAACCAAAUAGCCAAUCAUAGAUUGAUGAGAUAUUGA